UUCCAAAGUGCACUUUUUAUGAGAGCAGCCCAGGCUUUGAAAGAUAACCUAAUUGAUACGGAGAAGAAAAGGGAAUACAUGUUAGAUUGCUGUUUCUGACUCAACAGUUUACUAACACACGUUUAGGUUGGCACUCCAGCUCGACUAUGACUGCGGAAAUUUGGGACGUUAUUAUUGUUGGCGCCGGGCUAUCUGGGCUGAGUGCAGCUCAUUUGCUCAGAAAAAGGAAUGCCAAGUUCAGAAUACUGGUACUGGAAGGAAAAGAUCGGGUGGGAGGUCGCACAGUGUCCACUGAAAUACCGGCAGCUAAUGGAGUCGAUCGCUGGGACUUUGGAGGGCAGUGGGUAGGAAGCACUCAAACGCACAUCCUGGAGCUCAUAAAGGAGCUGGGCUUAGAGACCUAUCCGCAAUUCAGUAUUGGCAAGAAGGUGCACCACAUGGGGGGUCCAGGCGCCAAAGUUCGCACCUACACCAGUAUCCCUACUCUGUCCCCACUGGUGCUGAUGGACCUGACCCAGCUCCUGUGGAAGAUUGACAGAUUGCUUGCCACAGUGUGCGUCCAGGAUCCUUCAAUGACUCCCGGUGCUGUGGAACUGGACAGUAUGACUCUGCAAUCGUACAUUGACAAACAAGCCUGGACUACAGAACUAAAAGAGGAGAUGGGACUGUGCAGCAGGUCCCUCUUUGGCAUGGAGCCGUCCCAGAUGUCCUUCCUCUUCUUCCUCAUGUUUGCUGCAGCAGCGGGGGGGCUACUGGCUCUGCUGGAGAGCACUCCAGGUUGUGCACAAGAGCUAAAGAUAAAGGGAGGCACCCAGCAGCUUUCUCAGUGUCUGGCAGAACGCGUCGGGUUCAAGAACGUCCGGCUGGGCUCUGCUGUGACGGCCAUAUGGCAGGAUGCAGAGUGGGCCCGGGUUAGCACCACCACCAACACUUUCCUGUGCAGGGCCGUGAUCGUCACCUGCCCCCCUCACUUGGCAGCAAAGAUCCACUACCAGCCAGCCCUGCCCAGCCAGAGAGAAUUCCUUACCCAGAACAUGCCGGUGGGCCACAUGAUAAAAUUCAUAUUAACAUACCAGACGGCUUUUUGGAGGGAGAAAGGCUUCUCAGGGGAAAUAGUGGCAGGAUCCUCCACCGAGUGUCCAUUCUGUGUCACUUUUGACGCCACCAGCCCCAGCGGUAAUGCUGCCUUGGUGGGCUUCAUCGCCGGCCAGCAGGCUUCACAAUGGAGCUCCAAGGAGAGUGGCGAGAGGAGAGAAGCUGUGCUUUCCAGCCUGGUCAAAUACCUGGGACCUGAGGCCAGGUCUUUCAUCCACUACGAAGAGAAAGACUGGGCUAAGGAGGACUACAGCGGCGGCUGCCCUGUUAAUGUCAUGGCGCCAGGAAUGCUAACAUAUUACCACCCCAGCCUGAGGAAGCCCUGUGGCAGGAUCCACUGGGCAGGCACGGAGACGGCCACCCUCUGGUGCGGCUACAUGAGCGGGGCGGUGCAGGCGGGUCAACGAGCAGCUCUGGAGGUUCUGGCUGAACUCUGCCCAACGAGCCUGACCCAGGAGGAGCAGGACGCUGUGCAGAACAAACACUCUGCUGAAGGUGCAGCCAAGCAAACACCAACGUCCAAACUCCGCUACCUGUGCACCAGCAAGGCUGUGGUCAUAGCAACACUGGCUAUAAGUGCAGCUGUCUUGUUGGCACGGAAUCAGAAUGCAGUGCUAAAUACCAAAGCUUAUUUUACAAAUGUAUUUACAACAACAAGGCAUAAGAUAUUUGUAUUAUAACGCAGACCUGAAACACAGGUUUGCUUCCCACCUGUAUGGACUUAACAUGGAACAAACUACUCUAGGUUUUUCAAAGGGCUUCAAAGAAAAAGUGUUCUCUAAGGAUAUGUUUUAUCUUAUGGUCUAUCCUCUUUCAUUCCUCACAAAAAGUUUGUUAUAUUUAAUAACAAAGUUCAAAUCAAUUAAAAAUAUUUUCGUUAUAUUGUAUCAGAUCAAAUCAUAUUGUAAUAUUUGUAUCCAAGGGUACCAAGGCUGUAUAUGUCAUU